GAGAGAGAGAGAGAGAGAGAGAGAGAUUAGCAUCUCGUUCCAAUGAAACAUUUCUGGCAGUUGGACGAUGACAGCGAAAGGCAGACUCAAAGCGGUGCCGUUCCCCCUGAGCCACCGGCUCAGCAUGAAGGAGGUGUUCGAUGGCGAGGGGAAGCCCCGGGUGGACCUGCUCAAGGCCCACCUGACCAAGGAGGGCCGUCUGGAGGAGGCGGUGGCUAUGCGCAUCAUCAACGAGGGCGCCGCCAUCCUGCGCCAGGAGAGGACCAUGCUGGACAUUGAGGCGCCCGUCACAGUUUGCGGUGACAUCCACGGACAGUUCUUUGAUCUGAUGAAGCUGUUUGAGGUGGGCGGGUCCCCUGCUACCACGCGCUACCUAUUCCUGGGGGACUAUGUGGACCGGGGAUACUUCAGUAUUGAGUGUGUGUUGUAUCUGUGGUCAUUGAAAAUCCUUUACCCAAAGACGUUAUUUCUUCUACGGGGAAACCAUGAAUGUAGACACCUGACAGAAUAUUUCACUUUCAAACAAGAAUGUAAGAUAAAGUACUCGGAGCAGGUGUAUGACUCCUGUAUGGAUGCGUUUGAUUGCUUGCCCCUGGCAGCCCUGAUGAACCAGCAGUUCCUGUGUGUCCACGGAGGUCUCUCGCCAGAGAUACACACACUUGACGACAUAAAGAAGUUGGACCGGUUCAAAGAGCCUCCGGCAUUCGGGCCCAUGUGUGACCUCCUGUGGGCGGACCCUCUGGAGGACUUUGGCAAUGAGAAAACACAAGAAUACUUUGGACACAACACAGUCAGGGGCUGCUCCUACUUCUACAGUUACCCUGCGGUGUGCGAGUUCCUACAGACCAACAACCUGCUGUCAGUUAUCAGGGCGCAUGAAGCGCAGGAUGCUGGGUACCGGAUGUACAGGAAAAGUCAGACCACAGGCUUCCCCUCUCUUAUCACUAUAUUCUCUGCACCCAACUACCUGGACGUGUACAACAACAAAGCGGCGGUGUUGAAGUAUGAGAACAACGUGAUGAACAUCCGUCAGUUCAACUGUUCACCCCACCCCUACUGGCCCAACUUCAUGGACGUCUUCACCUGGUCCCUGCCCUUCGUGGGAGAGAAAGUGACCGAGAUGCUGGUGAACGUUCUCAGUAUCUGCUCUGAUGACGAGCUCAUGAACGAUGGGGACGAGAUCUAUGACGCCAAUGCAGCAGCUGCCAGGAAAGAGGUAAUCAAGAACAAGAUCCGAGCGAUUGGGAAGAUGGCGAAAAUGUUCUCUGUCUUACGGGAGGAAAGUGAGAACGUGUUGACCCUGAAGGGCUUGACCCCCACAGGCAUGCUGCCCAGCGGAGUACUAUCCGGAGGGAAACAGACUCUCCAGAGUGCUACCAUUGAGGCCAUUGAAGCCAUCGAGACAGUUGAGGACGCUGAAGCAAUCCGAGGCUUCUCCCCUCAACACAGGAUCAGUAGUUUCGAGGAGGCCAAGGGGCUGGACCGCAUCAACGAGCGCAUGCCCCCCAGGAGAGACGUGGUCAACAGCGUGGGUCUGUCCAUGGGCCGCAUGAACAUGGGAGAGCCCAAUGGCACCGAUAACAACAGCAAUAUACAGUGAUACACACACAUUCACGCAGAUGGAUACAUGCCCAGACAGACAUACACACACGUGCAGUGUAUACACUAGCAGAACAAACACAGUAGGCAUACUAGUGCAAACCCAUUUGGAAAUACUCAUAUGCAGAAAUGAUAUGUACGAACGUGUGCAUAGACAAUUAUACACAAACGCACACACAUAAACCUCCUCUCUCCCUACCCCUAGUGUUGCUCGCCAGAUCUGUGUGUGUGUGUGUGUGUGCUUGUCUGUGAGCGUGCGUGUGCAUGCGGGUGUGGCAGAACUAUGCCAUGAAAGGCUGAAUGAGGCCUCUUUUGGACUAACCAGCUUCUACAAAAAGACAAACUACAAGUCCCAUCACCACCUGACCACACAAGGAAGAUCUACAGAAAAAGUACAAAUGUAAGACAAGAGCUAUACUGUUCAUAUUCUGUGUGGUGGAUUGGCAGUUUCAGGUGGCAUAGAUUGGUAUAACCGGGGUUGGAAUCAGGGCUAGGGAAGGGGCA